AUGGGCUCAACAGCAGCACCCUCUGCCGACAGCAGGCUCUUCCAGCCUCUUCGACUUGGCCACGCCCAGCUUGAACAUCGUAUUGCGUUGGCCCCUCUUACUCGCUACCGUAACGACCACAGCCACGUCGCUAAGCCCUUUGUGGAGCGAUAUUACUCUGAGCGAGCUUCGACCCCAGGCACCUUGAUUAUCUCAGAGGCUACAGGAGUCUCUAUGCAAGACACUGGCGAGCGACAAGGCCCAUCUUUCGUCACCGAUGAGCAAGUCGCUGCUUGGAAGAAGGUUAUCGCUGGUGUUCAUGCCAACAAGGGUGUUUGGUUCCAGCAGAUUUGGGCUCAAGGCCGAGCUGCCAGCCCAGACUAUCAAAAGGAGCGAGGCUUCAAGUACCGAUCUUCGAGCGCAGUGCCAAUGAGCCCUGAUGCUGAAGUUCCUGAAGCGAUUACUGAGGAGGAGAUUCAGGUUCUUAUUCAGGACUUUGUUGCAACUGCAAAGCGGGUCAUCGCUGCUGGCGGCGAUGGUGUCGAGAUUCACGGUGCCCAUGGCUAUCUGCUGGACCAGUUUAUCUCCGACUCGGUGAACCAACGUACCGACAAGUGGGGAGGUUCUAUUGAGAACCGUGCUCGACUGCUUCUCGAGGUCGUUAAGUCUGUUGCAGCAGAAAUUGGUCCUGAGCGCGUGGCCGUUCGACUUUCGCCUUAUGCUUCGUUCCAGGGAGCGGAAUCUUCAGACAUUGAGGCUCAGUACACCUACAUCGUCAAGGAGCUGAAGAAGAUUGGCCCUUUGGCCUAUUUGUCUCUGGUCGAAGCCCGUGGAGACCCUGCGAAGCUACUAGUUGCCAGCGCGGAGGAUGCUGUGGAGAGCCGGACCCUCGACUUUAUCCUCAACAUCUGGGACAACCUUUCGCCUGUCGUUGUUGCAGGCAACUACUCUCCGAUUUCAGCCGUCGAUGCUGUGGAUGGACACUACAAGAAGUGGGACGUCAUCGUGGCCUUUGGCCGACCCUUCCUGGCAACACCUGACCUGGUCUGGCGAAUCAAGAACGGCAUCCCCUUGAACAAGUAUCAUCGACAGUCAUUCUACAUCAAGGGCUCUGAGAUUGGUUACAACGACUAUCCCUUUUCUCAGGAGUACGUUGAUGCCCGACGGGCUUGGGCCAUUAAGUCCAUGGAGGUGGCCUCAAAGUAA